AGAAAAGAUGCUUUCGUUACUCGCGCGUCUCAGUGUUCCCGUUCGUGAUUUUGGAAUUCGUAUUCCUUUGAAUAGAACUAUGGCUAUGACCUUGGAAGCGGUUGGGAAAUGCGGAGUUGAUCACGAACAUGAUCCUGAGUCGAAUUCAUCGAAGAUCAUGACAAUUUUCGAUUCGGAAAGUGUGCAGAACGCGUUGAUUAGAGCGGAACGAGCCUUGAGACGAGGUGAAGUUAUUGCUGUACCGACGGACACAAUAUAUGGGAUCGCUGCCUUGGUGCAGUCACCGAAAGCUAUCCGAUCAAUUUAUCAAAUUAAAGGAAGAGACGCGUUGAAACCUUUGGCAAUUUGUGUCGGUGAUGCGAAGGACGUUGGAGAAUAUUGCGAUGUGACUGUUGACCAGAGCAUCUUGGCGGAUCUUUUCCCUGGACCCGUCACACUUUGCUUCCCCCGUUCCAAGGUAGUGAAUCCCGACCUGAAUCCUGGGAUCCGCUCCUUGGGGGUCCGUAUACCAGACAGCGACUUCAUCCGAAAGUUGGCACAGGUUGUUGGUGCGCCGCUUGCGCUCACUAGUGCCAACUUAUCCGGUCAACCAUCUGCUCUCGACAUUCACGAGUUCUCGUCGAUUUGGCCUUCGUUGGGUCUCGUCGUUGAUGCGGGUCCUCUGGAAUCAUCGAGAUUAGGAUCCACGGUUGUCGAUCUAAGUCAAAGUGAUGCGAAUGGUCGUUGUUCACGAUACAAAAUUAUUCGCGAAGGCAGCGCGUUGAGAAAAACUCAAGAUGUUCUUGCUGCCCACGGUCUCUUGUGUGAUGCAAGUUGAAUGUGAAAUUCCGCCCUGAAAAGUGUGGGAUCUCGCUGUGAUCUCCCAGAUUACCAGUUUUUGUUCUCGUUUUUUUUUUCUAUUGCGAAAGGAGAAUAUUCAAAUACUUUUAGAGGAAAACUGAAAAUUUUCAUGCAAGUUGCCGAAAUUCAGUGCCUUUGCUGGAAUACGAAAUGUCAUUUUUUCUGCUUGCCGUUGUAAUAGUACCGUAAGCUUCUGGUUUCGUCUAUAGUAGUGCGAUUCACUUUCUGCGCCUUCAUUCGAGUAGGAACACGGUAAUGAUUGUCUAAUUCGAAUUAACUGGUUGAAGGAAACAUUCUGGUAGUUGACUGACGAGAUACUCACCUGUUGGGUGCUUACGGGCUUAUUUAUUGAAUUUUCAGGUAUUGAAGACUUUGUUUUACAGCUGUGAAACUGGUGUUCAGCGUGCGGAUUGUAUUGCGAUACGAGGAUGCCCGAGAUUCCACCAGCGGCUUUGAAAAAGCGACGAUGCAAGCUGUGCAACAAGAGAGGCCACAAUCGACGUCGUUGUCCGAUGAAUUUGACGUCCAAGAUCAAAGCGGGUGUGAACAUUCCGCCUGAAACAGCUGUCAUUGUUACCACUCGUCGUCCUUCCCGAAGUUUGUCGAAAGAGAAAGACACUUUUCUGAAAACGGUUGAGGUGGAGGAAGAAAAAACUGAGUUGGAGAUAGUCGAAGAAGAGGAAGUUAACGCCGAUGGAGGGUACUUGAACGGGACUACGGAAAAGUUGGGCGAUUCGGAGGACGUCUAUUUGGUGUGCGAUGAAGCCGCAACUGAAUCGGAUCACUCGGAUGAUGUACCUAGGGACGAUCCUGUUGUAACGGGGAAGAGUGAAGUGGAAGCAGUUCAUGAAGCAGAAGGAGCUAAAGCUGUGGACGUUACAAAUUCCCGUUCGCUUUUCAGUCGAUGCUCUCUUAUGUAGUCUAUGAUCUGUAAUUGUUAUUUAGCGUUUUCUUCGCGGCGUUUUCUGUUUCGCAUUUUUCUGUCAAGAUCUCGGUUGUUCCGAUGUUUGCAGAGUGUAUUGCAUACAUUUGUUCUGGUAUCGAACAAAUUGUUUUGGUUUAGCAUACGUUUUUGUUCCGUUUGUCGAACAAAUUUAUUUGUUACACUGAUUCAGGUGAAUCUAGAAUGCUCUCUUUUUGUUGCUUCAUCUUACAAAGUGUCAUGUUUUUCAAUGAAAACUGCCCGAAUAGGAACGUUGCUGGGUCAGAUAUGUAAGGAAGUGGAACUCAUUUGAGUACAAAUUUCGGUUAACGGCUCAUAUUUGGACCUAUGAUCUUAUGAUUGAUCAUGGACACUGCCUGUUUUGAUUGCGGGAAGGGACUGGUACUUUUUUCAAACUUUCGUACGUGUUGUCUCAUGGAGUUGACGUUUGCCGUGGUUGAAAUAUUAGAGGAUUGGAGUCUGGCAAAACCCGGU